AGGCUUCGCGUGACCAGGACAGCCGGUGACCGUGCACCGAGAUAUUUUCUCUUCUUAAUGACAGACGGCAAGCGCACUAGAGUUGUAGGUAGCCAAGGAAAGAAAGCGAAGGAAGGGGCUUUUGCAAGGCAUAUUCGGUGAACUCCAAGGGACUCGACCGUGGAACCUUUGGGAAGGAUAUUCCCGGAUCUGGGAAGAAUAUAGCAUACGUAUAAAUUCUCAUUGGUUUGAUAUCCAGUCAUGGUGAGCACAGCGCAAAAUGGUUCUGUAUCAGCGGAUUUAAACCCUAAGGCGGAGCCUCUUCCUCAGGAACUUGAUCCCGUGGAGAUUUGUGCGUCAUUGUCGCCCAUUAGCGAUGAGGAGUGUAAUGGUGGUGAUGAGAAACAGUGGAAUGGCAAUGGCGAUGCGAAUGGGACAGAUCUCGAGGAGAAAGAAAUUGUGUUGGGGAAAAAUGUGCGGUCGAGCUGCCAUGCGAUCACCGAGCCAGAUGCCGAUGAUGAGGUUACUGGGGAGAGGGAGGCGUAUAUGGCCAGCGUUUUGGCUAAGUACAGGCGUAGUCUCAUCGAACGAACAAAGCAUCAUUUAGGAUACCCUUACAAUUUGGAUUUUGAUUAUGGUGCACUGGCACAACUGCAAAUGUUCUCCAUCAACAAUCUUGGCGACCCAUUUAUUGAGAGCAACUAUGGAGUGCAUUCUAGGCAGUUUGAGGUUGGGGUUUUGGAUUGGUUUGCCCGUCUUUGGGAAUUGGAGAAACAUGAGUACUGGGGAUACAUUACAAAUUGUGGCACUGAAGGAAAUUUACAUGGUGUUCUUGUUGGGAGGGAGGUUCUUCCAGAUGGUAUCUUGUACACAUCUCGAGAGACACAUUACUCAAUUUUCAAAGCAGCACGGAUGUAUAGAAUGGAAUUGGUAAAAGUGGACACUUUGAUCUCUGGUGAGAUUGACUGUGCAGAUUUUAAACAGAAGCUUCUCCAAAACAAGGACAAGCCUGCGAUAGUCAAUGUUAAUAUUGGGACCACGGUUAAGGGCGCUGUUGAUGAUUUGGAUAUGGUAAUUCAGACACUCGAAGAAACAGGAUUUACCCAGGAUAGAUUCUAUAUUCAUUGCGAUGGAGCUCUAUUUGGACUAAUGAUGCCUUUUGUCAAGCGGGCACCAAAGGUGACUUUUAAGAAACCAAUUGGAAGUGUCAGUGUAUCUGGCCAUAAGUUUGUUGGAUGUCCUAUGCCAUGUGGUGUUCAAAUAACAAGGAUUGAGCACAUAAAUUCAAUCUCAAGAAAUGUUGAAUAUCUUGCAUCUAUAGAUGCAACAAUAAUGGGAAGUCGCAAUGGGCAUGCUCCUAUAUUUCUUUGGUACACCUUGAAUCGCAAAGGUUAUAAGGGCUUCCAGAAAGAAGUGCAGAAAUGCCUCAGGAAUGCACAUUACCUGAAGGGUUGCCUACGGUCUGCUGGAAUUAGUGCAAUGCUAAAUGAACUGAGCAGCACUGUUGUUUUUGAAAGACCACAAGAUGAAGCUUUUGUGCGCAAGUGGCAACUUGCCUGCCAGGGAAGUAUUGCUCAUGUUGUUGUGAUGCCCAAUGUAACCAUUGAGAAAAUAGAUCAGUUUGUGAAAGAGCUCAUUGAGAACCGGCCAAAAUGGUUUAGUGAUGGGAAUGUUGUGACGCCCUGCAUUUCAAAUGAUGUUGGCAAGGAGAACUGUGCUUGCCUUGAGCAUAACCAUGCUUGAAAGUAGUGUAUGGCCGGCUGUCAAGUGGUGGUUAUCUUUGUAUGAUAAUUUGGUUCCCAAUCAUGUGUUUGGUUCAUUUUAAUUUUAGAUUUAUCAAACUCAUGAUGUUUUUCACCAGGAUGAAGGUCCACCAUAAUGUAACUGUGAUUUUUAUGUCAUCUUUAUUAUAUCAUAAUAAUAUUCUAUUAACUAUGUUUUAAGAUUA